CAGAACUCUCUGGUUGACAUCUCGCUCAUCUGACUGUUGUGUCUGCUGCGUCUGCUCCAAACGUUUUCAAUUCGUAAACAGUAAAAUGACAAAGGUUGUUGACCAGAAAGCGUACCUAAAAAAAUAUCUCCGUUCCUCAAACGACGAGAAGAAGAAGAAAAAAAAGAAAAUUAAAGCAGUCUCCACCAAUGUUAAAAUAAUCGACGAUGACAUAGAUCUGAAUCACCUACGUCCGGUCGACGAGGGAGAAUUCGAAAUAUUAAAUGCAACAGAGGAUGCCCCUCAGAUUGUGGGAAUCGUCGACGAACGUGGUCCAGUGGAUUUUGCGGAUAAAAGGAGGUGGAAAAUAAUAGCUGACGAUGGAGAUGGAAAUGUAGCUGUCAGCUGCAGUCAAUCACGUUCUCGAGACGUUGAUAACGAAUCGAUAUCCAAUGACGAUUUUCCAAAAUCUAUUCAAAAAUCUUCCAAAAUUGAUAGCCGGGAGAGUAGAAAUGGUAAUUCUAAUCAAACUCCACCCAGAAAAUCCAGAGAACAUUCUGACGAUGAUUUCUCCCCACCCAGGAAGGCCCACUCGAAAAAGAAAUCUAGAAAACGUAAAAAGAGUUCGAGCAGUGAAUCGAGCUCAUCGAGUUCUAGCUCAUCCUCAGAUUCUCCCGGAUCGGAGUUCAAUAGAAAACGAAAAUCGAAGUCGAAAAGAUGUACUAAGAAUCGUGGAAAAAAAUCUGCUGAUGAAGAUUCUGACCUUAGUCUUCCCAGGACACAGAAACAAAGAGAUUCUAAUGACUUGAGCCCUCCAAGGUCACGAAAACAGAAGGAUUCUGGUGCUGUAGGGCCCAAGAAGUAUCGAGAUCAAUCCGACAGUGAUAUGAGCCCCCCGCGAAGGCCUCAGGAGAGUUCUAGAGACUCCCGAAGAAAAACGUCGGAUUUUGAUUUAGAUCCCCCGAGAAGACCCCAGAGUCAUUCAAGCAAAAGAAAUAGUGACUUUGAUCGGAGUCCUUCGAGAUCCAGAAGGCGAGACUCCAAUGAGGACCUCAGUCCCCCUAGGAAGCCCUCGAGGAUCCCAAGAGAGUUUAAAUCUCAUAAAAACGAAGACUCAGCCAUGAGUUCACCAAGAAAAUCUAGGAGAGAGGAGUCAAAAUCGGACAGGAGAAAUCGAAGAUCAGAUUCAGACCUGAGUCCUCCAAGAAAAUCACAUAAUCCUGACGGAAAAUUAUCAAGGAGGCGGGGAGGGUCUGAUUCUGAUCUGAGUCCUCCAAGAAAAUCACAUAAUACUGACGGAAAAUUAUCAAGGAGGCGGGGAGGAUCUGAUUCUGAUCUGAGUCCUCCAAGAAAAUCACAUAAUCCUGACGGAAAAUUGUCAAGGAGGCGGGGAGGAUCUGAUUCUGAUCUGAGUCCUCCAAGAAAAUCACAUAAUCCUGACGGAAAAUUAUCAAGGAGGCGGGGAGGAUCGGAUUCUGAUCUGAGUCCACCCAGACAUCGCAGGAGAGAUGAAAAAAAUCAUAGGUCAAAUUUCCAACGAGAGAAACCUGAGUUCAGUAGACAACAUCAAGAGCAGUCCUCCAGAAGGAGAAAUUGUAGAUGGCAAGACGAUGAGAACAGGAGAAAAUCUCCAUCUCCAAUCACCGAUAAACGAUUGACGAAGACUUUGGAUGGAAAAACUGCAGGUCUGCGAGACGCCAAAGCCCUGAAGGAAGAAACAAUAGCUCUCAAAAGACGAGAGAGAGCAUUAUUCAACGAGAUGAGUUCAGAGGUGAGUGGAGAGGGACAGGCUCCAGUGCUGCGUGAUAGGAAGACAGGGCGGAGACGUGAUUUGGCUGCUGAGGCGGCUGAUAAACGGGAGAAGGAAAAAGAGCAAGCAGAAAUCGAUGAAAAAUAUGCCAAGUGGGGAAGAGGCUUGAAACAAGUGAGCGACCAAACCCAGAAGCUCCAGGACGACCUUUACGAGAUGAGCAAACCUCUGGCAAGAUACGCUGACGAUGCUGACCUGGACUCUCAGCAACGGGCAAUGGAGCACGCAGAGGAUCCAAUGCUCGCUUACAUAAAAGACAAACAGAUAAAGGAAGGGAAGAGAGAGCCUGAUGCGCCGACAUACGAGGGAUCCUUCAUGCCAAAUCGGUUUGGAAUUAAACCGGGUCACCGUUGGGACGGGGUUGACCGUAGCAAUGGCUACGAGAAAAAGUGGUUCGACGCUCGAAACGCUAGAACUGCUGUACAAGAGGAAGCAUACAAAUGGUCCACCGCAGACAUGUAAA